GAGUCUUGGAAAUCAGAGUCUUGCCUGCAGCUUAGAGAGCAGCUCGUUCACGCACGUUAUCUUUGCUGACAAAAAUUGACUACGCGUUGUAUAGAGCCUCAUCGAAGGGGAAAGAAGAUCUUGUCUUCCUAUAUCAGAGGCAAAUCCUAAUUUCCAAAGCCAUGUCAUCUCUGGCAGUGAAAGAGAAGACCACAGUGCGCCUGGUGUUCUUUGGCGCGGCAGGGGUUGGCAAGACCGCGUUGAUCCUGCGGUUUCUGCAAGACCGGUUUGAACACAAGUAUAAACGCACAGUUGAGGAGCUGCACAGCAUCGAAUAUGAAAUUGAUGGUGCAAAAAUUCGCAUCGAGAUUAUGGACACGAGCGGCAGCUAUUCUUUUCCGGCCAUGCGAAAACUAUGCAUCCGCAAUAGUGACGCUUUCGCCUUGGUCUACUCCAUAGAUGAUCCGGAAUCCUUCGAGGAGGUGCAGAGGUUGCGAGAGGAGAUUCUGGAACUGAAGGGCGACAAGUUUACUCCCAUCACAGUGGUGGGUAAUAAAGUGGACUUGGAGAAUCAGCGCCUGGUGUCCACCGGCGAGAUCAUGUCAACUGUUGAGCUGGAUUGGAACGCCAGCUUUGUGGAGGCGUCCGCCAAGACCAGCGAGAACGUGAUGGGGGUGUUCAAGGAGCUCCUGCAGCAAGUCAACCUGCCCAGCCGCCUAAGCCCUGCGCUGCGAAGGCGUAGAGAGACCAUCCCCAAAGACAACGCUGGAGUGCGAAGAAAGCCGCCAAUGAAAAAAACGAAUAGCUGCAUUCUCUCGUAAUUACACUAACGCGUUUAGUUACAUGUAGUCUAUAUCUCCGCAUCAUUGUUACGGGCAGCCUGCUUCCACUUCUCAUUCACGUGAGUUUGAAGCAACAGGAUUCCUGGUGAAAUGGUAGACGGCGCUAUCUGGAGACAGAAGAGAUUCCUAGUGCCGACGACAGAGCUGUUACGCCUAAUGCCGGAAUUGGCCACUGAAAUGAACUUUGGACUGGCGAAUGUUUAUAAGUCUAUAGCAGCAGUGGACGUCAUGCUCUCCAAGAAAUAGAGAGGACAGUAAAAGUACGUUUUUCUUUUAACUCCAAAUUGGAGAAUUCUUUAACUCCUCAAUGAGAAGUUAUACUCUGAGAUACAGUGCAUUAUUAGACGUUGAUUCGUGUCCAUACGUCAUGAGUAGAAUAAUUGUGAGGGUAAGACUAUGUAGCCUGCAGAAUACUGUGCAAGACUGUACAAGUUACUAAAUGUUCAAUAAAUGCAGACGAUCUAUA